CCGCCGUCCUCAACACACAAUCAUGGCUGAUUCCGCCGUCACCGAUCCCCAAGUCGCCGCCGACCUCAAGAAGAAGCGCGUAUUCCGCACAUUUUCGUACCGCGGAGUCGAGCUCGACAAGCUUUUGGACUUGAGCAACGAAGAGUUCGUUGAGAUCGUCCACGCGCGCGCGCGCCGCCGGUUCCAGCGCGGCCUCAAACGGCGCCCCAUGGGGCUCAUCAAGAAGCUUCGCAAGGCUAAGAAAGAGGCUCCCCCCAAUGAGAAGCCUGCCGUCGUUAAGACCCAUCUCCGUGACAUGAUUGUCGUGCCCGAGAUGAUUGGCUCCGUCGUCGGUAUUUACAACGGAAAGGUCUUCAACUCGGUUGAAGUCAAGCCCGAGAUGGUCGGCCACUACCUCGGAGAGUUCUCCGUAUCAUACCGGCCCGUCAAGCACGGUCGCCCCGGUAUCGGUGCUACCCACUCCUCGCGUUUCAUCCCCCUCAAGUAAACACACGCAUACAUGCCCUCUCCGCAUCCAGUUGUCUUCCCCAUCUUUUGUGUUCUUACUGUCACACCUGUCUCGCUCUGCCUUCGACCCAAAAUAUUAUGAGCCAUGCAUCAUGCU